AUGGGUUCCAAGAGAAGAUUCUCGUCAGAGCACCCUGAUCCAGUUGAAACUUCUAUUCCUGAGCAGGCCGCUGAGAUUGCCGAAGAAUUAUCAAAACAGCAUCCUCUUCCAUCCGAAGAACCGCUAGUACAUCAUGACUCUGGUGAAUUCAAGGGCGUGCAACGUCACCGUACUACAGCAGAGCAAGCGCAAAAGCUUGAAGAUGGAAAGGUAAAUCCAUUUACCGGAAGAGAGUUCACACCAAAAUAUGUCGAUAUCCUGAAAAUUAGAAGAGAAUUGCCGGUACAUGCCCAGAGAGAUGAAUUUCUGAAGCUUUAUCAAAACAAUCAAAUCAUGGUUUUUGUUGGUGAAACUGGUUCUGGUAAGACGACACAAAUUCCUCAAUUUGUGUUGUUCGAUGAGAUGCCACACUUAGAGAACACUCAGGUGGCAUGUACUCAACCUCGUCGUGUCGCCGCGAUGUCUGUUGCGCAAAGAGUUGCUGAAGAAAUGGAUGUUAAAUUGGGUGAAGAGGUCGGUUACUCUAUCAGGUUCGAGAACAAAACUUCAAAUAAGACGAUUUUGAAGUAUAUGACUGAUGGUAUGUUGUUGAGGGAGGCAAUGGAUGAUCAUGAUUUGUCGCGUUAUUCUUGUAUCAUUUUAGAUGAAGCACAUGAACGUACUCUAGCUACCGAUAUUUUGAUGGGUCUUUUGAAGCAAGUGAUCAAGAGAAGACCUGACUUGAAGAUCAUUAUCAUGUCCGCUACUCUUGACGCGGAAAAGUUUCAACGCUACUUUAAUGACGCCCCGCUACUUGCAGUUCCAGGUAGAACAUAUCCAGUUGAGUUAUAUUAUACGCCAGAAUUCCAAAGAGACUAUUUAGACUCUGCCAUUCGCACUGUUUUACAAAUCCAUGCUACGGAAGAAGCUGGUGAUAUUUUGUUAUUUUUGACUGGUGAAGAUGAAAUCGAGGACGCUGUGAGAAAGAUUUCUUUAGAAGGUGAUCAAUUGGUUAGAGAGGAGGGAUGCGGACCACUGUCUGUAUACCCAUUAUAUGGUUCAUUACCACCGCAUCAACAGCAAAGAAUCUUCGAACCUGCUCCAGAGUCACAUAAUGGUAGGCCAGGCAGGAAAAUCGUCAUUUCCACCAACAUAGCCGAAACAUCGUUAACAAUUGAUGGUAUUGUGUAUGUCGUUGAUCCUGGAUUCUCAAAGCAGAAGGUUUACAACCCUAGAAUUAGAGUUGAAUCUUUACUAGUUUCCCCCAUCUCCAAAGCUUCUGCGCAACAAAGAGCUGGUCGUGCUGGUCGUACAAGACCAGGUAAGUGUUUCAGAUUAUACACUGAAGAGGCAUUCCAAAAGGAGCUGAUAGAACAAAGUUAUCCAGAAAUUUUACGUUCUAAUUUAUCUUCCACUGUUCUAGAACUAAAAAAAUUAGGCAUUGAUGACUUGGUUCAUUUCGACUUUAUGGAUCCACCUGCUCCAGAAACAAUGAUGAGAGCUCUUGAGGAGCUGAAUUAUCUAGCAUGUUUAGAUGACGAGGGUAACCUGACACCUUUGGGUAGACUGGCAUCCCAGUUCCCCUUGGAUCCUAUGUUAGCUGUGAUGCUAAUUGGGUCUUCUGAAUUUCAAUGUUCCCAAGAAAUAUUAACUAUAGUGGCCAUGUUAUCAGUCCCAAAUGUAUUUAUUCGCCCAACAAAGGACAAAAAACGUGCAGACGAUGCCAAAAAUAUAUUUGCUCAUCCAGAUGGUGACCAUAUCACCUUACUAAACGUAUAUCAUGGCUUCAAAUCAGAUGAAGCUUAUGAACAUGGCAUCCAUAAAUGGUGUCGUGACCACUACCUAAAUUACAGAUCACUUUCCGCUGCUGAUAACAUCCGUUCUCAAUUGGAAAGAUUAAUGAACCGUUACAAUCUGGAGUUAAACACUACAGACUACGAAAGUGCUAAAUACUUCGAUAACAUUAGAAAGGCCCUUGCCUCCGGGUUCUUUAUGCAGGUAGCAAAGAAAAGAUCUGGUGCUAAAGGAUACAUCACAGUGAAGGAUAACCAAGAUGUUCUAAUCCACCCUAGUACAGUUCUUGGCCAUGACGCAGAAUGGGUCAUUUAUAAUGAAUUUGUCCUCACAUCAAAGAAUUAUAUAAGAACUGUUACCUCGGUUAGGCCUGAAUGGCUAAUUGAAAUAGCGCCUGCAUACUACGACUUGGACAAUUUUCAAAAAGGUGACGUCAAAUUGUCGUUAGAAAGAAUCAAGGAAAAAAUUGAUAGAUUAAAUGAGUUAAAGAAAGAUAAAACUAAGAAGAAGAGUAAGCACUCGAAAAAAUAG